AUGGAGCACAUGGUUGUAAAGCUGCGCACAAUACCGCUAAAGCUAGACCCAAAACGUCUGCGCUCACUGGACGCUUUCCGAGGUUUUGCCCUGACUGUGAUUUUUGUGAACUACGAUGGAGGAAGCGGCUGGUUCUUUCAACAUGCAUUCAGUGGUCAGUUUGUGUUUAUUUUUGGAACUAACGUGGUGUUGGCUUUCAGAUAGAAGUAGAGGAGAGGAGUUAGCCGCCUGCAGCUGCUGCACGAAAUCACCUGGAGGACAGUUGUCCUCCCGAAGCUCGGCUUCUGCUCCCUCGACUACUCUCCAAGAAAUGAACCGUGUAGGUGGUGUUGGCUGAGGAUCCCUGCAGUGCUGCAGCGUCUGGGCUUCACAUAGUUUGUUCUGUCUCUCCUGCAGACUUUCUGGGGCCAGAAAGAAAUCCCACUGACAGCGGUGAGCAGCUCUGUCAAAGAUUGGUUGGGAGCUGGGGGAAUCGGUGACAAGGAUCUUCACCUUAACUGUACUAGAGGCGCAGCAGGAAACAUUAAGAGAUGGUUGUUUGGUGAUAACCUGUACAAAUACCCCACAUUGUGGGCCGUCAUCCUGGGAAUCUCCUCAGCCAUCCUUUCUAAGUGCACACGAGACGGAGGAUUUAUACCUGUCAAUAAAAACCUCUGGUUGCUGUCCUGCGUGAUGCGUAUGGGCUGUCUCUCCUUUCUGCUGCCUGGAGGCAUGUACUUUGUCACUGAUAUGAAGGGCUGGUGAGUUGGACAGCCAUUCAUGUGCCCAGGCGUGCACUCCAUCUUUGCAUAUGUUGGCCACUCUCUCCUGGGUUUCUGCUUCCCGUUCAGGUGGGAGAUGUGUUUCCAGGAGGGCCUCUGGGAGUGGCUCCUCCAAAGCCUGCGGGGAACUGCACUGUGGAUGCUCAUCACUUACCUGCUGCACAGGGAGAAACUCUUCCUCAAAAUAUAA